CCAUUUUGCAUCGUAUCAAUAAUUUUACAGAACUCUUGUAUCCCCAUCACCAAGAGAAAAACUUUCAGAGAAAGGUUUUGAUGCAAAUUGGAAGAUCAUACUAAUAAAGAUCAUUUAAAGGUCGAUUCUAUGGACUCCGCUGUUGCUAGUGUAUCUGCUAACCUUAAUUCGGUACCGGUCCUUAAUGGUAAUAACUUUAAGGACUGGAAGGAGAACAUUUUUAUUGUUCUUGGCUGCAUGGAUCUUGACCUUGCAUUAAGGAUGGAUCGUCCUGCUUCUCUUACGGAUAACAGUACCUCCGAGCAAAGGAGGAUUUAUGAGAAGUGGGACCGUUCAAACCGCAUGAGUCUUAUGAUCAUUAAGCGCGGCAUACCUGAGGCUUUUAGGGGUGCGGUGUCCGAGGAGGUCACCGAUGCCACAACUUUCCUUGCUGAAAUUGAGAAACGCUUUGCAAAAAGCGAUAAGGCGGAAACAAGUACUCUUUUAAAGAAACUUAUUUCCAUGAAGUUUAAGGGCAAGGAAAACAUAAGGGAGUACAUUAUGGAAAUGUCUCACCUUGCUUCAAAGUUGAAGGCACUAAAGCUUGAGCUUUCGGAUGACUUGCUUGUGCAUUUAGUGCUUAUCUCUCUUCCUCCACAAUUCAGUCAAUUCAAGGUCAGUUACAACUGUCAAAGGGAGAAAUGGACUCUUAAUGAGCUCAUUUCAUUUUGUGUUCAAGAGGAAGAAAGAUUGAAGCAAGAGAAGACUGAAAGUGCUCAUUUGGCAAGCACCUCUAAAGAUAAGGGCAAGAAAAGAAAGAAUGAGGCUGCUAAGGAUAAAGGUCCUGCACAUAAGAAACAAACUCAAACCAACAGUGAUGAUGGUUGUUUCUUUUGCAACAUGAAAGGACACAUGAAGAAGGAAUGUGCUAAGUAUAUUGCAUGGCGAGCAAAGAAAGGGUUGCCUGAGUUGCCGAAAGCCAAAUGAUGCUGAAAGAAGCAUUUAUGUGGGAGAUGGCAAGUCGGUAAAUGUGGAAGCAAUAGGGCAUUUUAGGUUGUUGUUAAGUACUGGUUACUAUUUGGACUUAAUAGAUACUUUUGUUGUACCGUCUUUUAGACGGAAUUUGGUUUCUGUUUCUUGUUUGGACAAAUUGGGUUAUUGUUGUUCAUUUGGAAACAAUUGCUUUAGUUUAUCUAUUAAUUCAAAUAUUGUUGGAACUGGUUCA